ACAAGAGCAUUAGAAGCGUAGGCCUGUGAUGUUUGUAUAACAGUGAAAACUACAGUGUGGCAGUUUGUUAUUAAAUUCUGAAAUGAUGAAGAAGCCACAAAGCGAAGUUUGUUAUUAUACCAGUGAUAUUCUGUUAGGGAAGUCAUGAUUGCCUGCCGUUAUGUGGUGUGUCAACGACAAAUUCCCAAAUAAUGUGUGCCGGUUGUGUGCAAAUAUUUCCGACGUCCUCAUACCGAUAUUUGGCGCAGAUAAGGAGCGAAUCGACGUUAAAAUAAAAAAAUGCUGCCUACCUGUUGAAGUUACUGAAGAUGACCUUAAGCCUAAAAGUAUAUGCCUCGACUGUGCUUCAAAACUGGAAAUAUUUACUGAACUGAUAGAACUGUGCCUUGCUGCUGAUGCAAAAUUUGAAACAAUUUUACAGAAUGCUAAUUCAAAUCAGAAAGCAGUGGAGACGGUGUUGUCGCAGGGUGAUGAAGAACAGGUUGAGGAUGAAGCUGUCAAGAUGGCCACCAUGACAGAAGCGGGCAUAGAAUCUCUUCUUGCGGAACAAGAAAAAGAGCAGGAACAGGAUGAAGAACAGGAUGAUGAGCCUGUUGGAGCGCAAAAUGAGUGGAUUCCAGAAGUCCCCAGCCAUGCAAAUCCCCUUAAUGUGCAGCCUGAUAGUGGUGUUCUUGUUCUCAGCAAGGUUGAUGGGAGUGUAGGAGGUCACGAAGAACACAUCCUUGUUAUGGUGGAACUAAGCAGUAAUUGUGAGCAGACAACACAGCAGCUGUCAUUUGGGGCACCUCGCUACCACAUACAGAAUGCUAUGGGCAAGGUUCCACUCCACAAUUGUGCAGAAAAUAACCAGCAGACUUCUGUGAUGUACGACAUGAAUAUGCAACACAUUUCAAGCAAUGGGAAAACAUUUGCCUCUCCAUUUACUGCAAACAGUCAAAGUGUCUGUCCAGCCAAAACCAAUAUGUUCAACUGUUCUGACGGACACCCGAGCCUAACGCAGGUUCAGGUGCUCACUUUCUCGUCGGGCAAAGAUGGUGUUUCAGCUGCUGGGCCAGCACACCUGUAUGCCACUCAGCCAAUGACGUCUGUCUCAAAAAGUGAAGGUCUUGUGGACUUAGUGCAGACAGAAAGGACACUGUUCAAAGAUGUGUCCAGUGCACAGAGAGACGAUCAACCGACCAAAGUGGAUUUGUCGAGUGACAGAGUUGCUUCUGUAUCUUCUGAUACUUUGCAUCCCCAGUCUGUACAUAGUGCAUCUACCUGUGAUACUGCCCCAUGUUCAUCUUUAGUGAGUGCUAUCCCAGAAACUGGCAAUGCAGCAUCAAUAGUACCAGAUAGCAUUAGCACACAAAUGAUGUCCAGUAUUCCUUCCGAACUACCCAUUGAAAUACCUACCUCAUCAGAAGCUGUGUCUGCUAUGAACUGUGAUGAGAGUCAAGAAGUGCCCAACAUUGAAGCCUCUGUGUUAGCUGCCAGUUCAUCUGUUAAUAUGACAGAUGAACUGGGAGACGAUCUCAGCACAAACACAUCCGAUGACCUUUGCCUUGCUGUCGGUGUAUCGGACUCAGUUUCUGGAAGUACACCAGGGGUCAUGCCUGCUGACAUAUCUGUAAGCUUGCCUACACAGAUUUCUGGCUCUCAGUGUUCCACCAUUUCCAGUGUUACAAAUAACUGCCCUUCAAGUGUUUCCAUUGACUUGGAAGCUGAAACACAUAGCAGUACCUGUCAACUUCCCAGAAAUAAUUCUCCAGAGGUUUCUGGUAUUGCAUCUACGCUCGUAUCACGUACAGUACAUGCUGACACGCAGUGUGAUAUUUUGGCAGAAUUAUCAGGAGAGAAACAAGACAUUUCCAGUGGUGUGUGCACUGUCGCGUCAGAGUCAGAAGCUGUAACCUCAACACACUUAAUGCCCAGUAGUAUUACUGCUCUACCUGUGUCUAUGGAUCAACCUGAAGACACAGCUGCUGCCUCGGGUACUGUGUCUUCUUUAAACCAUGACAGUGCUACAACUCUGCCUACAUCUAUCACGGACACAUUUCCAGUUACAGAAAGUGCACUGCUUACAGAAAUCUUGUUGCUUCCGAGACCCCAACAAGAAACUUCUGUAGAACCUCUGCAGGCACGUUCCAGUGUGCCUCAAAGAGAGGCAGUAAGUCCAUGUCCAGCAGCCAGUGAUUCACUUCCUGCCCUACAGUCUGCCACCCCAGUGCAGCCAGUGUGCUCUGUACAGACCUCCACAGUUGCAAAUAGUGCCUGCAGAACCAAUUUCUCCACCAUAAGUCUUGUUGCACCAAGUAGUAUUCCUGCUCCCUUACCUCCACCUUCGGCACCUGUUUCUGUACAUAAUACCUCAUCUGUUGCUGCCUCAUCUGUAGCCGAUCCACAUACUGUUUUCAUUGCAACAGCUGCUGUUCCAGUUACGAGGUCUCCCACAACGUCUGCCGUAGGUUCUACAAAAUUUCAGAAUGGUGCUACUGAGAUAUUCUUUAUUGAAGAAGAGGAUCAGACCUUAGCUACAGCAAUGGCACUCACACCCGUAAUUGAGUACAAAGAGACUGACAGUGAAGACAAUGAAAAUGCCUCGUCACGUGGUGGGAAGUUUCGUUGUGAAAUGUGUGAAAGGACGUUCAAACGACGAGCGAAGUUGAAUGAACACAUGGCUGUGCACAGGCAAGAGCGGCCAUAUGAGUGCGAUCAGUGUGAAAAGAAAUUUUUCCAGCGUUGGGAUCUUACUCUGCACAAACGCUUGCACACUGGCCUGUUCCAGUGUGAGUUCUGCAACAAGACAUUUCCUGUGCGUGGAAAACUAGAUCGACAUCGCCGAACACAUACAGGUGAGAAGCCAUUUGUCUGUUCAACGUGUGGCAAGGCAUUCAGUGAUAUGCGCAACCUACAAUCACAUCGGAGCACGCAUUCUGAUGAACGGCCACACGUCUGCGACACAUGCGGGCGUGCCUUUCGUGUUCGUUCUCAUCUCAUUGAUCACUACAAGGUCCACUCGAAGGACACACCUUUCACCUGUGAUACUUGUGGAAAGUCUUUUAAGUGGAAGACGAACCUCAACAUCCACAGGAACGUACACACUGGGGAACGUUUCCCUUGCAAUUUGUGUGGCAACGAGUACAUUCGACGAGCCGACCUGACGAAACACCGGCGCUCCCAUGGGCCCGCUUCCCUCACAGACACUGCAGUGGAGGCAGAGGAGGAAGCACCCCCGGAGGGUGACGGUGAUAGCCGAUCUGCGUCGUGCGACUAUGUUUGCGCUGUGUGUUGCAAGAGCUACAGUGACCAGGAUGUGCUGCAGAAGCAUCUCAGGACACAUGGCGAGCACCGUCCCUUUGUCUGUGAUAUUUGUGGGAAGGGCUUCCACUUCCACUGGUACCUCAGCUCACACAAGAAGGUCCACCUUGAUAGUAAAACUUACACUUGUAGGACUUGUGGCAAAUCGUUCAACAAGAAAAACUGUUUACUCUCCCACACGAGGUGCCACGCUGAACAGGGUUUAUGAUAUUACGCUUAAAAGCAGUACAAAGUCUUGUUGUUUUAUGUCUUAUAUUUUGUACAAAUAAUUAGCCAUAUUUCAGCGGAUUUUGGGUGCAAAGUUUGUAACUGUAAUGUGUUUUACAUUUACAUUUUGAAGUCUGUUGAUGCUUCAGCCUAAAGAGAUAAUGUUGACAGUUUCGUUUGUUUAUAUUUACAGUUAAAUUUGUUUGGUUUGCUUUGUUAGAAGAAUUUAUGUGGUCUCAGUAACCCCAUUUUGUGUGGGAAAUAAUUUUAAAGUUACAUACAGUAUUAUUUUCUAUAUGUAAAUAAAUUCUUUCGACUUGUUUUUGUGAUUACACCACUUAUCUUGUUCGUUGUUGACUGUAUGAAACCAUUUCAAAUAUGUUCUAAGCUAUAUUUUGUUGUAAUUGUAAAAGAGUGGAAGACAUUUUUUUUAAAUGUUUAUAUUUAAGCAGAUGUUAAUUUAUCAUAGAUCAAUUUCUUUCUUCUUCAUCUUGUGGCCUAAAUUUUACACUCAUUGGAUAGUAGUGAUCUGCAGUUUGUUGAAACAAAAAGCAUGUAAAGGUAACACUGUUAAUUUUGAACCAGCAACAGUUUGACUGUCAGUUUGCGGUUUAUAUUCAUAUGGCAUAAUGUUUAGACCUAUUUGUGCGGUGAUACAAUUAAUUUUGUAAAGCAUACUGUCACAUUCCAGACAUAUAGGUAGAUAAUAGGCAACAGGAUUAAAUUACAUUAAAAUCUUUUGAGGUGUACAGCCACAUCAUCACAUUUAAUACUAAAAUGACACACGUUUCAGCCAUUUUACAGUGUCCUCCUUCAGGACAUAGUCUAGUCUAGUGUGAGGAAGGUUGCUGCAACACAGCUGAAACAUUUUUUAUUUUAGUAAUCUAUUUUAUAUGACAUGCAAAAGAUUUUAUUGUAAUUGAUACUGGCCAUGAAAGCCUAACUAUUUGUGUUAGGAACAAAAUUGUGUAUACUGGGUGGUACUGAAAAGAACUUGUAUCACAUAUCUGGUGUUAGGUGAACAAAUUGUCUUUUCUGUAGGUACCAUGCUGAGGGUAGUCAGUACCAAACUAAAGACUUCAAUUGCUCUCAGAUAAAAACCCUAUUCAAAUACCUACAACUAAUCCAGGAAACGAAUGAGGGGCCUCAUUUGGCCACACACUGUGUCAAAAAACUUACAUCCGAAGACUGAAUUCUUGAGCCCUGGCAGCACUUGUACCAAAGUCUUGUCUCCACCAACCCCACUCUUUCUUUAAUGACUGCAGUAUGCAUUGACCUUUUUUGAUCCUAUCACUUGAAGUUCUGUGAAAAUCCUUCCUUUAACCCUGUAGGACAGCUGACAUUGUAUAGUAGCUAGCAGCUUAUCAGUGGUGCCACACUUGUGGUAGGAAGCUAUUAAUACCACCUUCUCAUGUCUUAAUCGAAUAACAUUCUCUGCUAUGCCUACGAGCAUCAUCCCACUGAUAACAAUGCAAUAUCUCCAGCUGUGUGGCCACUCCUCACUACACUAUGCUGCGGAAUUACCUCAACUUCUUAUUGUUUUUUGGUAGUAUGUAAUAAACUACAUAUACACGACCAUCUAAAGUUGUUUUUGACUGUGACAGUAUGAAGCUCCCAAGUACAAAGUGUAAUUAGGGAAAGUUGGUUUAGGUGUGUGUGCUGUAACUGUUUUACCUACAUCAUGUUAUCUCUUUCUGGCAUAUUGUUGAGUAGCAGUAAGAUGACUUAUGUGUGGUUCCACAUUUUCAUCUCAAUAUUUGAAAACUUGUAUCUGUGCAUCGACAUAUUGCUGCUUUUUGCUGCACCCACGGAUAUGGGACCAGAACUCAAUGUCUUUACCUCACAACAUUACAGGACAGAAAUAAAAUG